ACAAACACAAGUACAGGUGGGGUUGGUUUUGGCAAACUGAGGACGAGACCAGGAGAGCCCACAGGAGGUCUGUUGUGAAUCAGCUCCAACAUGCUGCUGCUGUGGUUCUCUCUUUCUAUGUCUCUCUGAGCGUCUAACUAUUCUCUUUCCUGGCUAGGCCUUCCUCUCAACUGUCUCUAUCUGUAUGUCUACAUCAAUUUGGAGAUAUGAGAUUUAACAUGUUUUGUCCUCUUUGUGUUUGUUGAGAAAACUUUGGAUGUGGGUUGCUUUUUUAAUGGUCAAUUUUUUCAGAGUAGGUGUUGAAUUUUGUUGUCGUUUGUGAAAUCGGGGUUUUGUGCUCCAGCGUAUUAGCUGUUUUUGUUUUUAUUUGAGGGUUAUUUGGGUUUAAACUCAUUGGUGGAUCUUUUCCACCGGAAUCGAACUUCACUGUUCAUGUUCUAGUAGAAUUUGUUCUGUUUGAAUUUCAUUCGAUAUCUGUUCUGAACUGGCCUGAGUUCAUAUACAUAGAUGGCAUAAUACUCGUGAUCAGUCAGAGGGUUUUCCCAGAUCUAGGUGAUCCAGGAGGAAUUGAGCAAAUUACAUUUUAGAGUUUGAUCUUUGGGGUUUAUUUUUCAAGCAAAACGGCCUGCGUACUUUCCAUAACUCAGUAAAAUUGAGUGCUUUGACUUGGAAAUUAAGGAUUCCCACUUUAAGAAGAAGGGUUUUGCUAAGAGCUUGUUGAUAAUUCAAGGACAGAGAGUACCAUAAAGCUGACAUCUUGAUCAGAGUUUUCUGAUUAUUUGGGGGUCAAAUUUUCGUAUGGCUGUUGCCAAGAGCAACAGCAAUGGCGAAUCAGCGUUUCUGAAUUGCAAUUGUUACAAAGUUUCAGGCUUAGGUGAGACCAUUUUGGAUGCAAAUCAGACAUCAAAUUUGAAAGAUCGGUAUGCUCUUGGGGAGCAACUGGGCUGGGGACAGUCUGGCAUUAUCCGGGCAUGCUCUGAUCGAUUGACCGGAGAGGUAUUGGCAUGUAAAUCAAUUGCUAAAGACAGAUUGGUUAGCCAGGAUGAUGUGCGGAGCAUCAAGCUCGAGAUUGAGAUUAUGACUAGGUUGUCUGGACACCCAAAUGUUGUAGAUCUCAAGGCAGUUUAUGAGGAGGAAGAUUAUGUUCAUCUGGUGAUGGAGCUUUGUGCUGGAGGGGAGCUUUUCCACCAGUUGGAGAAGUUCGGGAGAUUCUCUGAGGCUGAGGCGAGGGUUCUAUAUAGGCAACUGAUGAAAGUGGUGAUGUAUUGCCACAAAAAGGGUGUCAUACAUAGGGAUUUGAAGCCAGAAAACAUCUUGUUAGCCUCAAAAACCUCCUCUUCACCAAUUAAAUUGGCUGAUUUUGGUCUUGCAACCUACAUCAAGCCAGGGCAGAUGUUGCAUGGGACUGUUGGUAGUCCAUUUUAUAUAGCUCCUGAGGUACUGGCUGGAGGCUAUAACCAGGCGGCUGAUGUCUGGAGUGCGGGAGUUAUUCUUUACAUUCUUCUUAGUGGGAGGCCACCGUUUUGGGGAAAGACUAAGUCGCAGAUAUUUGAUGCUGUUAGGGCAGCUGACUUGAGGUUUCCUUCUGAUCCUUGGGAUCAAAUAUCUAACUCUGCGAAGGAAUUGGUUAGGAGAAUGCUCUGUACAGAUCCUUCUCAAAGGCUCACUACUCAGCAAAUUCUAGAUCACCCCUGGAUGAGGGAUCCAGCGCCAUAUUUUGAAGAACCAUAUGAAUGUGACAAGCAAAGUUGUUUCGAAUUGGGUGGAGGGUCUUUCUCUGCGACAUUCAUGACCAGGAAUGAGGACAUCAGUUUUGGGACCGGCUGCCCUGUCAUUUGUGAUGCUUCAUCACCUGCAUUACCAUGCAGAUCAUCAUUUUCUUCUUUCGUGGGGGACCCAUCAACUCCAUGCUCUGAAGCUGGUUGCUUUUCUUUCCAUAGCAAUGGUGGAUCAGACAGCCUGGGAUACUCUACCCCUUUCCUCUCAAUGACAAGCUUUGCAUUUUUCAGCCCAGGUACUGUGGAAGAACAAGGAAAUUGUGCAUUGGAUCUCUCAGUCAACAUAUCCAGUGUAGAUUCAGGACAUAGAGAGGAAAGCACAGGGAACCUGUUUAUCGUACCAGAUUCUUCUCUAUGCAUUGGGAAUGAGUCAAGAGAGAUGGAGGAUAAGACAGCUCAAACAAAAAGGGCAGGAGGAACUAGUUGGUCUGUAAGGUCAAGCAUCCACAAGAAGAGGAACCGUACGAUUGGACAUGGUGAAUUUGAGCAGCUCAAUCUCAUGAUGGCUGAAUCAGUUAUUCGGUGGGCAUCAUGCACGCAUCUCCCUACUGCCACGUCUCUUAGGUCUUCUCUUGUCUGUUGAUAGUGUUUGAUCGGCUGUUUCAAUCAGCAGUAUCUGAUCGAAGAAUGACUAUUACUGUACUAAUGUUCCCCGUUUCAGUUUUUGUGCUAAUGUAAUCUAGUAGGUUUGUGGAUAACCCUAAUGCUCGCUGGUACCAUAAGUGAUAAUUUUCUGUUUUCUCAGCUCGUUUUAGUUGUUUAAUAUUAGAGUAAAGAUGACACCUUGAUUGCUG